UUCAGAAUGUCAGAAAAUCAAGCUAAUUCUGUUCAUAUUUGAUCCCUCUGUCAGCGUCAUAAAUAUUACUCACUUGAUGAGAGUGAACAUUUAAUUAAUUACUUCACAACCGGACUGUUAGAGAGUAAUUCAAUCUAGAUCAUCACUUGAGAUAAAUGCAAUAAAGUCAUUUAGAUUAGAGUAAAUCCUUUCGCGAGAGACGCUUUUUGUUCACUUCGCAUCUGAUUUAACACUCUUAUUUUAAGGGAAUUCGCGUCAAGAUCAUCUUGAUGUCACACAGUUGAAUCAGUGACGACACAAUUUGGCGACACACUCAGAGUUUGGUAAUCCCAAAAAGCUCACACGCGCUUCUGCACCAAUUGACCGCGAAAUGAUUCAAUCAAGAGCGAGGGAUAUGAUGUAGAUUCGUAGGGAAUCUGUGAGUUGUGCGAACCACCACAUGGCAAGAACGAUGAUACAGUUAGGACCGGACCAACACAUGAUGUGCACAUCACACCGUCAGCCUCGGCGGUGGAUUUAUUAGUGUCGCUAUGCAAGAUCGCCAAUUUACAUGCGACAAGUUAAUACACGAAUGUAAUUUGGUACAUGUGGAAGAGUGAUGUGAUGGGUUUAUUCGCCACCCAGCCAGAGUUUGGCGUGAGAUCGCGCGCGCCAGUCGUUGAUUGUUUCCCGUGCAGUGGACCCGACUUCAAGACCCGCACACUCUCCCUGGCCACAAAAUGCAGAGUCUCGAGGACUUGAUUCUGCGCUCGCAGAAGUUCUCCCUUCCGGACUACCUUGUCUUCGUCACGAUGCUCUUCUUCUGCAUCCUCAUUGGCAUCUACUUUGGCUUCAUCAAGAAUGUCGACACGGAAUCCGAAUAUCUCGUUGGUGGUCGACAAAUGCAAGUGUUUCCAAUUGCAUUAAGUCUCAUUGCAAGUUUUAUCAGUGGAAUCACGCUUUUGGGCCUCCCAACGGAAGUCUAUUCCUACGGAAUACAGUAUUUGUAUGUGAUUUCGGGGGUGCUCUUGAUGGGAAUCACCUUCACCGUCGUGUAUCUGCCCGUCUUCCAGGGACUCCACAUCACAUCCAUGUAUCAGUACUUGGAGAAGCGCUUCGACAGACGCCUGCGACUCUACGGAUCCAUAAUGUUCACCAUCAUGAAUGUGUCUUACUUGCCAAUUGUGAUCUAUGUGCCUAGCAUAGCGUUCAAUCAAGUAACUGGCGUCAAUAUUCACAUCUGCUCAAUAAUGCUUGUUGUCGUCUGUGUGUUCUACACUUGCGUGGGUGGUUUGAAGGCCGUUGUCUGGACGGAUGUAGUCCAAUGUUCACUCAUGUUCACCGCCUUGAUUCUGGUCGCCGUUAAGGGGACAUUCCACGUAAAUGGGCCGGAAAUUGUGCUAAAGAGCGCUCUCGAGACUAAUCGUAUCGAGCCCCCGAUAUUCGAUAUUGAUCCCACGAUUCGGCACUCCUUCUGGUGUCUCUCCGUCGGAGGGCUGUUCUACUGGGUGCAGACCAACGCCAACAGCCAGAACAUGAUUCAGCGUUAUCUGGCGCUUCCGUCGCUGCGCGAGAGCCGCAAGGCAGUGUGGAUAUUCGUCACUGGCGUGAUCCUUCUCAUGCUUCUGUGCGCCUACAACGGCCUCCUAAUCUUCGCCACAUAUCGCGAUUGCGAUCCGCUGACCACGAAGCUCGCCAAGGCCAGGGAUCAGCUCCUGCCGCUGUUCGUGAUGGACACUCUGGGUGAAUUGCCUGGACUGUCCGGCAUGUUCAUCGCCGGAGUGUUCAGUGCUGCGCUCAGUUCCCUCUCCACCUGCCUCAAUUCCAUGUCCGCGGUCGUGCUGGAGGACUUCUGCAAGCCCUUCACACGAACGCCGCUCUCCACCACGGCCACCAUCUGGAUCAUGCGCUCGGUGGUGGUUGGCGUGGGGGCGCUUUGCGUCUGUCUGGUGUUCGUUGUCGAGAAGCUGGGAACUGUGCUGCAGCUCACAAUGAGCCUGGAGGCCAUCACGAAUGGGCCCCUCUUGGGCAUCUUCACCAUCGGCAUUCUACUGCCCUCCAUCAACGGAACGGGCGCUCUGACUGGCGGAAUCUUUGGCGUGCUUCUCAUGAGCUGGAUCAGCCUCAAUGCGCAAUGGGCAAUUGCUUCGGGAUCUCUGAAAUUCGACACGAAACCCAUGUCAGUCGACGGAUGCAACUACUUAUUCAACUACACCUCAACAAUCUACACCACACAAACUCCAAUUGAUGUAGAAUCGAGUGUUAUGCCGCUCUACAGGAUCUCUUACAUGUGGUACACAGCCUUGGGCGCGAUAUCCACAAUUAUUGUGGCUUUUCUGGUCAAUUUGGUGCUGGGAGGUAAUGAUCCUCACCUCAUUGACGCCUCGCUAAUAUCACCCAUCAUUCGAAAGUACUACGGCUGCACGCCGAAGCCAACAAAUGAAGAGGAGACGAUAAAGGAUGUUGUAGAAGAAUCGUAUUUGUAGAGCCAAUUGUGAUGUCUUUUUGCCAAAUAAACACUUUCUAUACUGUUCCAUUCCGAUGACCGAAAAUCAGAGAC